AACACUUUACAUUGGCCCUGCUCAUCUCCCCUAUAAAAUCUCUGUUCUCACUUGACGACGUGAUUUGUAGAGUUGUGUAAAAGUACGAACAUCUCACCCCCCCCCCUCCUUAACGGCAACCAUCUGAAGGCCAUGAAGAAUAGAGGAUGCUGAAGACGAAGGACGAAUCCUUCAUUGGUUAUCCUCAGUAGCGUCUUACCGCCAUGAAAUGGUCAAGUGUCAUCUGUUUUGGGUUUGUCGACGAAAAUUUUCACACGAAUCGCGAUAGAAAAAAUGUCAUGGAUGACUUGAAUCAACUGAGUGUUGAACCAGUGUCAGUUACUACUGAAUGUUGAUGGGCUGCCGUCCAAAUGUGCAUGGUAUUACUCCGAAGGGAAAAGGAUCUUCGGAAGACGGAACUUAGUCUUUAGAAAAUCUUUCGAAGACAAUCCACAAGAAUCUUUUGGUGACAAAAUUUUGUCUUUCAAAUAUCUUCCACGGGAAUUCUAGGAGAAUUUUUUGAAGAAGACAAUUUUCAUCCGAAAUGUCUGUCCACAUAUAAAAAUAGUGUAUUGACUUUGAAAUGGAGGUUCUAAAUUCUAGAAAUUCCUCUUCUCAACAUUUAUCCUUGGUGGGGUAAUGGACCUAACGAAUGUAGGGAUUGUUUUUAAGAACAAAUAUUUUCUACAACCAGUGCUGAUUUUUUCUUGAUAUGCAAAAUUUUCAGUUUAAGAUACAUUUACUCCCAAUGGAAUUGCCAUCAGCCGCGGUCAUAAAUUCAACACAUAAUGCGCGAGGGAAAAUGUCCUUUAUACGUCGUUUGGGCCUCGGGUGUAUCAUCCUAGCUUUUUUGGGUCUUCUAUACGUACCAGCAUAUCAUUCAGCGCAAGGACCACUCGGAAUAGGUGAGGCAACAUCUUCAGGACCUUCGAGGCUUUCACGCUAUCUAGAACCCGUAGAGGAAUUACAUGGAUGGUCGUUCAAUGCAUCAAGAAAUUUAGACUGGUAUAUCCAUCCACAAAACAACACAACAAUACUGAAUCCAAAUGACAGUUGCACGGUAUCAACAUCGCCAUACCUUUUAAUCGUCGUUUGCUCAGCGGUUGAUCAUCAAAAACAAAGAAUGGCCAUUAGAGAUACUUGGGCCAGUGAGACAGAUUCUUACAAUUCGACUACUAUUAAAGUUGUAUUCCUCCUCGGACAAAGUGACAAUGAGACGCUCAACAAUUCAAUUGCAGAAGAGAACCAUCAGUAUGGAGAUCUAAUUCAAGAAAAAUUCAUCGAUGCUUACAAUAAUUUGACGAUAAAAUCAGUAAUGCUGUUAAAAUGGGUAACAACAAAUUGCCCACAAGCGACUUACCUUAUGAAAACUGAUGAUGACAUGUAUAUAAAUGUUGACAACCUUGUCAAGGCCCUGAAAUCAAGACCACAGAGUGUUGAUACUCUCAUUGGAGCAUUGAUCUGCAAUGCACGUCCCAUCUCAGAUCCAAAAAAUAAAUGGUACACUCCGAAAUACAUGUUCUCGGAGAAAAUCUAUCCCAACUAUUUAUCAGGCACUGGUUACGUAAUGAGUCUGGAUGUUGCUUCAAAAUUGUAUGAAUCGGCACUCUCCACUCCUCUUCUUCACCUUGAAGAUGUUUAUAUAACAGGACUAUGUGCGAGAAAUGCAAAAUUGAGACCAGUCGACCAUCCCGGCUUCAGUUAUACCCAACGUAAAUUGGAUACUUGUAUAUUGAGAAGUGUUGUUACUGCUCACAGAGUUGAUACGUCCACAAUGCAUACUAUUUGGAAUAAACUAAAAAAUAGCAAUGCUACGUGUCGAGAGAAGAAAGCCACUGUGGAGCAUAGGCAUGGCCGAAAUUUUGGCUAUUUUCUAGUUAAAAAAAGGGCUACAAGUAAUCAUUGUGUGUGAACGCAAUCAAUGAACCUAAAAAGUCUUCGGAAUUUCAAAAUUUCCACCAAGUUCUUGAUGAAAGAAAUAAAUGGUCGUGUAAAUAGUGACAAUGUUGGAAUCCAACAUUUGUUUUUUGUUUUGUUUUUUUUUCAUUGAUAAAGAAAAGAUCAGAGUGAUCAAAAAUAAGAGGAUAAAAUAUUUUCUAUUUAAAAGAAUGGUAUUUUUCAUCUUACAAUAGUAUAUAAAUAAUCAAUUGUCAAUUAGUUAUUAAGUUUUCUGUGUAAAGUAACUAGAAUGACCAGUGACUUCUGUGAAAAGGCAUCUGUGAUGGUCGGUGAAGAUUCCAUUAUUUCUGCCAGUAUUUUUUGCCUCGUGAGAAUAAAAAAACCUACCGCGAUAAGUAGGCAUGAAAAUCAGUGCAGUAAGUAGUUGAGAAUAAAUUGAUCUGAAUGCUAGAGGCCUCCCCCUGAUUUAACUUAGAAGUAUUUUUAUCCGAAAACUAGUUUAUAUAGAGAUUAUUUUUUUUAGCUUAUUAUAAAUCAAUUAUCAAAUUGACGAUUGAUGAUCACUUUGUAUAAUAUAGAUUGAACUCCAAUGAACUCGUCAAUGGUGCUGUUCAGAAUUGGAGAAUAUAAAAUGUAGAAAUCUCAGUGUGGACAAAUAGCUGGCGCUUCCAUUCCAAGGCAUGAAAAGUUUGUCCACCACAUUUGCACCUCCAAAUGCUCUACGUUUCAGUAGCAAAAAUAGUGAAGAAUCUCAAUUUAGCUGCUAGGUGAAUUUUUGAGGAGUGUCUUUGAAUUGAAGUAAAUAUUUUUUAGUGGCGUUUUUGUAGUACUACUUUUUUUAUCUCUCAGAUUACGAGAGAUAAUCCUGGAAAAUUCAGCCACGAGAUAAGUCGACUGGUUUUUACCACUUCACUACUGAUUUGUUUUAAAAGUAAAUGGAGAAGUUUGAGAGGAAAUGACAAAUGACAAUGUUGUGAUGCAUUUAUUGGAUUGUGUAUAUCUUUUGUAUUAUUAAAGAGCAAUUAAAUCUUUUGUAUAUAACAAUCA